CUGGGCCGGAGCCGCCGCGGCCGCGUCGGAGCCGCCGAUACCGAGGGCAGCCGGUUCCCCUGCGCGCGGCCUGCGCGGGCCCGGCGGCGCCGCCAUGGCGGAGGAGCGGCCCGAGGCGCUGCAGGUGCUGGUGAAGACGCUGGACUCGCAGACGCGGAGCUUCGAGGUGGAACCGGAGAUCUCGGUGCGGGAGUUCAAGCAGCGAAUCGCGGGCGCCGUGAGCAUCGCGGCCGAGAAACAGCGGCUGAUCUACCAGGGGAGAGUGCUGCAGGACGAGCGGAAACUGCGCGAUUACAAUGUGGGGGGCAAGGUGAUCCACCUGGUGGAGCGCGCCCCCCCCCAGGCGCAGUCCCCGGGCUCGGGGGGGCCCUCGGGCUCGGGGGGGGGGCUGGGCACCUCCUCCCCUCCCCCCCACCACCCCCAGAACGGGGUGGGGGGCGGCCCGAGGGGGGGGGGCCCCGACAGGAACGGCAACAGCAGCAGCUACGUCAUGGUGGGGACCUUCAACCUGCCGAUCGACGGCUCCUCUGUGGACGUUCACAUCAACAUGGACCAGGGCCCCGCCCAGAGUGAACCCCGACUGCGGCUCCUGGUGGCUCAGCACCUGCUCAGGGACAUCCAGGGGGUGCUGGCGCAGCUGGAGGGCAAUGGGGGGGGGUCUCGCUCCCCCCCCGGCCAGGCCGAGCCGCCCCCCCCGGAGCCCCCCGGGCCCCCCCCAAACCCCCCCGAGGAGCCGAUGGAGGCGCGCGCGCCCAAGCCCCGGGCCCCCCGGAACCCGAGGCCCCGGCCCCGACGCCAGCCCAGCCCCCCCAGCCCGGCAGAGCUGGGGGAGCUCCUGGGGGAGCUGCGGCGCCUGGAGCUGCGGCUGGAGCCGUUCCGGCAGCGCUAUCGCGACAUCCUGGGCAGCGCCGCCACCGCCGACUACGGCCACGACGCCGAGGCUCGCGAGGAGGCGCAGAGGGUCCUGACCCUGGUGGGGGAGGGGCAGCGUCUCCUUGGCAACGCCCUCGUGGCCUUGGCCGAGCUGCGCUGCAACCUGGGGGGGGCCCCGCCCCGCCCCCUGCAGCUCGCCCGGCCCCUCCCCCACUACGGACCCCCCAUGCUGGUGCAGCAGGCGACCAUCCCCAUCCAGAUCAACGUGGGCACCACGGUGACGAUGGCCGGGAAUGGGGGGGGCGGGGGAGGAGGCCCCGCCCCCCCCCCCCCCGGCCCGGCUGAGCUCCCGCCCGCCCCCCCCCCCCCCAGCCCCGGGACCCCCGGAGCCGGCCCCCCCCCCCGCCCCCCCCCCCGCGUGAUCCGGAUCUCGCACCAGAGCGUGGAGCCCGUGGUGAUGAUGCACAUGAACAUCCAGGGUGAGACCCGGAAUGGAUUCGGGCUCCCCCCCCUCGGGGGGCUCGGCCGGACCCCCCGGGCCCGGGCUGGGCAUCGGUGGGGUGGGGGUGCAGCUGCCGCCCCUCCCCCCCGAGUUCCUGCAGGCCGUGGCCCAUCAGAUCACACAGCAGGCGAUGGCGGCCGCGCAGCCUCUGCGGCCACAGGCCAGCCCGUGGGGGGGUUCCAGGCCCCCACCCGCGUGGUCAUCGCCCGGCCCUCGGCCCCUCCCCCGCGCCCCACCCACCCCGGGGCCCCCCAGGCCGGGGGCGGAGCCGCCCCUGGGGGGGCGUCGCUGGCGCAGGUGAUCAGCGGGCUGGUGGGACAGCUGCUGCUGCAGCCGCUGGUGCUGGCCCAGGGCGGCUCCUCGGCCCCCCCCGCACCCCCCACCCCAAACUCCGCCCCCUCCUCAGCCCAAGCCCCGCCCCCGACUCCUCCCGGCCCCGCCCCCGCUCCAGGGGCAGCCCCGGGGGGUCCCGAUGGCUCCGCCCCCGCCCCGCCCCCGUCGGCCGCGCCCAGCGCAGGGGGCGGGGCUGAGGCUCAGCCACGCCCCCUGGUGGGGCUGCUGGGGGGGCUGCUGGGGGCGGGGCCAGCGCCGCUGGUGGGCGUGGCCGUGCCUGGGAACAGCCCCCUGCUGGAGGGCGUGGCCGAGCUGCUGCAGGCCGCCCAGCCCAGCCCCGCCCCCACCACCCCCGAAGCCCCUCCCUCCUCCGACCCCUCCCCCACCUCCACCUCCGCCCUUCCCCCUUCCCCCCCUCCCCCGCCCCCUCCCCUUCCCCCCACGGAGAGCGGCCCCGCCCCCUCCUCCGGAGGCCCCGCCCCCGCCGAGGGCGGCCCCGCCCCCGGGCCGGGGGAGCCGCUGCCCCCCGAGUUCUUCACCAGCGUCCUGCAGGGGGUGCUGAGCUCCAUGCUGGGCCCCCUGGGGGCGCCCCCCAGCGGCCCCCCCGAGAGCAUCGCGGCGUUCCUGAGCCGCCUGAGCGGGACCCCCGGGCUGCUCGAGGGCUCCCCGGGGCCUGACGGGUUUUCCGGGGCUCUCCUGGCGCUGAUCUGCCAGCACCUGUCCAUGGUGGACGUGGUGCUGCUGCUGCACGGGCGCUGCCAGCCCCUGGCCCGGCUGCAGCCGCUGCUGCGCCGCUGCUUCCGCCAGCGCUACCUGGGGGGGCGCGACCCCACCGAGGCCAACGUGCGGGCAGCCACGCACAACCUGAUCAUGGGGCUGGAGGGGUUCAUCCGCGAGAGCUUCGCCGGGGUCAGGGUGGCCGAGGGCGUGGACAUCACGCGCACCAACGUGGAGUUCCUGCGCGAGCAGUUCAACCGCAUCGCGCUGCACGUGCUGCGCUGCCAGGACGGCUCCUUCGGGCCGCGGCUCCUGGAGCUCUGCAACCGGGGCCUGUUCGAGUGCCUGGCCCUGAACCUGCACUGCCUGCGGGGGGAGCGGGGGGCGCUGGGGGCGCUCAUCAGCGACCGCAUCCGCCGUCUCUCGGCCGAUGUCCCCCCCUCGCUGGUUGGGUGGCUCACGGCCGUGGUGGGCCUGCGGCUCCAGGCCGUGCUGGAGCAGAUGCCCGUGACCCCCGAGCAGGUGCUGCCCUACGUGCGGCACCUGGGGGAGCCCCCGGAGCCGGCCCCGCCCCGGCAGGCACAGCCCGAGGAGCCAAUGGAGGUGCAGGAGGCGGAGCCACCCCCGGACGACGCCCAGAGGGAGGGGGCGGGUUCUCCUCCCCCCGCCACCACAGCCGAGGAGGCCCUGCCCCCCCCCGAGAGCGACAGCGAGGCCUGGGCGGCGGCCGUGCCCCCGGAGUGGGUUCCCAUCAUCCGUGAGGACGCCCAGCGCCAGCGCAAGGCGAAGCCGCAGCCGCCCCUGAGCGACGCCUACCUGAGCGGGAUGCCGGCCAAGCGGCGCAAGACGAUGCAGGCGGAGCCGCCCGCGCUGUCCCUGGCCGAGGCCGUGGGCAGAGCCGCCCGAACCGCCGGGGCCCGAGCGCUGGGGAGCCCCGAGAGCCUGGGGAGGGACCUGAGCGAGCUGCAGGAGGGGUACAGGCAGCAGCUCCAGGCCGACCUGCAGCGCCGCCUCCUGGCCGACCCCGAUUUCAGCCCCGGCCGCUUCCCCAACGCCCACCGGGCCUUCGGGGAGCCCUUCCCCCACCCCGCCCGCGACCCCUCCCCUCCCCCACCCCAAUAAUCAUCAAUCAAUCAACGAUCAAUAAACCAGGCCCCGCCCCCGGCCACGCCCACCACGGGCUGCUGCUGCUGCUCCGCCUUUAUUUCCCUUUUUUGGGCUCAUU